AUGAGCGACGAGGUCGAGCUUGUGGCCACGUUCCCGGCGCCGCCGGCCUUCAUGAGCCUCUACGCGGAGGGGCCGGAGAUGGGGCCGCCGCCGCCCGCGCCGCUCAAGCCGACGUACCACUCCUUCGGUACGGCGUACGCCACCGAGGACGCGGUCCCGGACCUCCUCGGCGACCGCAAGCUCUACGCCACGGGUAGCAACGUCAAGACCGAGAUGAAGCGCAUGAACAAGUCGCUCAUCUUCACCUUCCUCGAGCUCGUCGAGGUGCUCAUCGCCAACCCGCCAAGUUCAAGUCCGCAUGCCUAUCCAUCGUCGAGCGAGAAGAUUGACGACAUUGAACUGCUCUUUCUGAAUUUGCACAAUCUCAUCAACGCGUAUCGACCACACCAGGCGCGCGAGACACUCAUCGACAUGCUCAAGCAGCAAAUCGAAGAGCGCAAGGAAGCGGCGGCCGACAUUCGCCGGGUCAUUGAAGAGUCCAAGACCGCGGUCCAAGCCGCGCAUGCAGAACUCGACUCGGACGCCAAGCUCCAAGAGAUGGUCGACGCGCCCAUGUCGCCGGUCGAAGAGGCCGCCGACGUCAGCAUGGACAACGACGACACGCAGGCUGCACCCGCCAUCGACACCGAGAAACUGCGGCAAAAUCAGCUCGAGCAAGACCGGUUCUUCGUGCUCUGCCAACAAAUCAUCGAUAACAUGAACCCCUAA